AUGUACCAUGUCAGGGACUACUAUCCUCCGCCACCGCAAAAACCGGUGAAGAUGGAUCCGGAUUGCGCAAUAUGUCAUGCUCCAGCAACAGCUGCGUGUGACUGCGAGGCAAAAGGCCUCGAGACAGCCAUUCGGCAGGCCGAGGCCCGCAUGAUGCAAUCUAUUUACAAUGACAUACGUUCAUGGGUCAGAGCACACGCACAAGACUACAUCCUCGAAUAUUUUCGUUUGCUCACCGAUCGGCGGAAACAAGCUCACACUGCUCACCUGGACCGGAUUACCAGCCACGCAUAUCACUGGUACCAUGCACCACCACAUCCCAACGAAAUCGCUGCGGCACAGGCGGCUCUGAAGCGUGGCAUUGAUGAGGACUGGCAAGCUUCAGUGCAGAGAUACCCGGAGGUUCUAGAAUACUUCUACAGUUUGGUCGAACUCACUCUACCCGCCGAUGAUGAGCAAGCUGUCCGGGACCCGCCCCUCUCAGCCCUUAGUGGGAGCCGAAAGGCCAGCCGAAGGACAGGAGGGAUUGCACCGACCAUCGCCUCCGGGGAGCUUCUUGGGAGAAGGACACCUCCGCCCCUGGCACCUCCAACACGAAGCGACCGGCGAACGCCGGGCCCCCCCGCAAGAGAGCAGCGUCACUCGGCGUCGUUCGGGCGCCCUCCGCCACCGCAAAAUUACUACGCGGGUCCAACUUAUUACUGA